UCUCUCUCUCUCUCUCUCUCUCUCUCUCUCUCGGUGCGCAAUAAUACAUACGUAUAUCGGUGAAAGAGACGAGUGCGAGUAUUCGCUAAUUGCGCCGAUUGCGCGUACGACGACGGUAUCGGGACGAAACGGAGUGACCGUGCCGCGUGACGAGAUCGUAAGCUUGCUCGAGCAAGUGAGUGAGUGAGUGAAGACAUAAAUGUAAGAGAAAGAGAGAAAGAAAUUGAGAAACAUUGAUAGCGCUCAGGGCUCUAGUGUGGCGUGCGCGGACCCCGUCUGUUCUGUUUGCUAGGGUUAAAGAAAACGAGACGAUAUCGUGGGUGCCUCGCUAAAAUGGCGCUGAUCGGCACCAUCGUCGGCCGAUAGGAAGAGAAAAAGAAAAAAAAAGCAUCAGCUUGAGGAAGAAGAGCAUAGUUGCGGCCGACCAUCAACGAUCAACGUAUACCAACGAUCGAGCCAACGACCACCACAAGAGGAGCCUGCCGCAGUGCAUUGCAAAGGAGAAAAAAGGCGAGAAUCGCGACAGCAUUGGCGUACGACGUAAACGUAUACAGCGACAGUCGACAGUGAUCUCGGAAAAAAAGAGGGGGGGUUUGCUGGUUCGACGCGACCGCGAUGCCCGUGCCGCAUCGCCACGCUCCUGACGUGAAGAAACACUUUGGAUGGUACUUGGGCACAUCGACGGAAGAGGCUACAUUAUCACGGAGAGUAGUUGGGGACAGGGAAGUACGACGGCUCGUCGCCAGAUAUUAAAUUUACAAGGACUCACAUUAAUACAUCAAAAUGAAAAUCGAUCGCAGUAGAUUGAAAAAAUGCACUUCCGAAGUGCCAGCAGAAUGUCAGGCACUCAUAAGCAAAUUACGCUCUUGCUCGCAUGCAGAGCUGCUAGAAGAACUAAAGCAGAUAGAUGCGUGGACAUUCGGAAAGUGCGAAUUAUUUCAUUGGAUUGAUGUCUUAGAUCUCAGUGACAGUAUUUUAGAAGAAGCUGCAGCAAGAAGUCCAGAUAAUCCAUGGGAAUUAGCAUGCGAUCUUCCUCAGAAUCGAGAGGCAAAAGAGCUGCUUCUUUGGGUUCUCCACUUCACAACAUUGUUAAUUGAGCAUUCAUUUUCACGGCAUUUGUACAACAGCAUGGAGCACUUGGUUACUUUACUAUCAAGUUGUAACAUGAAUGUAGUCCUUGGUGUAUUAAAUCUUCUGUACAUGUUUAGUAAACGCAGUAAUUUUAUUACACGUUUAAAUAGUGACAAACGGCAAGCUUUGCUCAGCAGGCUUAUACAUCUAGCUGAGAGUUGGGGAGGAAAGGAAAACGGUUUUGGUUUAGCAGACUGCUGCAAGGAAUUUCCAGAAAAACCAUUUCCAGCAAGUGCUACAACGUUACACUUUGAAUUUUAUGCGGAAAAUCCGACUGUAACGGAGCCAUCGGCAACUGGUACAUCACUCUCUAGUACAAAAAAAGUUGGUCAAAUGAAUCUUGUAACAUAUAUACAUAUAGAAAAUGUUGAUAAACUCGGAAAAACCCCAGCACAGAUUAUGAAUGAUCUGUUAAAAGUUUAUAACGUACCUCAAGAACGACAGAUGGCUCUAUUGACACAUAUAAGACUAGCGCAUGGUUUUUCGGAUUAUCGAAGACGAUUGCAGUGCGUGCAAGCUCGGCUUCAAGCUUUAUCCGUACUUGUAUACAGCAACGCGUUGCAGGAAAAUGCGCACAGUCUUCUUCAUGCUGGACUUCUUGAAGAGCUUGUGGAAUUGUUGGAAUUACCAUAUACUCACCUUGUUGAGAUACGCGCGGCAGCGUUGCGUACUCUUACGAGCAUCAUACAUUUAGAUCGGAAUCCACACUUCCCCAAAAAACCAGGUUCACGAUUGAACAUGAUUAUUGACGUCACUGGAGCUAGCUCGUAUCACGGCUUUCUACCUGUUUUGGUUCGUACUUGUAUAACAACAUUAACCUCACCACAACCAGAUGGUCAACCAUUUCCUCUCCCGCUUGCGACAGCCUUGUUUAGUUUUUUGUAUCAUCUUGCAAGUUAUGAGGCGGGUGGAGAGGCUCUUGUAAGUUGUGGCAUGAUGGAGAGUCUUUUGAAAGUCAUCAAUUGGCCAGGAAGUGAACUGGAACAUAUAACGUUUGUAACAAGAGCAGUGCGUGUCAUAGAUUUAAUAACAAACAUUGAUAUGCAAGGUUUUCAAACUCACAGUGGUUUAGCUAGUUUCAUCAACCGUUUAGAUAUGGAAGUUAAUGUAUGUCGGAAAGAACAGCCGUUUGAAAUAGAACCACUGCUCUAUCAGGAUGCACCACAAACCUCACGUGAAAGAUCGAUAGAAAGGGAGGAAGGCUCUUCCACAUCACGCCGGGAACACGAGACUUUUGAUGAACGAGAGGAAUCGUCUAAUCCUAUGGAAAUAUCAGAAGAUGAAAAUAUAGUUGCCAAAGCAGAUGAGAAGAACGAGCAGCAGCCAGACUAUUCUGCUGCCAAGACCGGCAAAACGUGUUUACCACAACGAGCAGCACUCCUGAAAUCAAUGUUGAAUUUUCUCAAGAAAGCAAUUCAAGAUCCGGCAUUUUCUGACAGUAUACGACAUGUUAUGGAGGGUACAUUACCAUCGUCUCUGAAGCAUAUUAUAAGUAAUUCAGAAUAUUACGGUCCUUCGUUAUUCUUACUUGCUACCGACGUCGUGACUGUGUAUGUUUUCCAAGAACCGUCAUUAUUAUCGUCUCUACAAGACAACGGCUUGACUGAUGUUGUACUUCAUGCUUUACUCAUAAAAGAAGUUCCUGCCACUAGAGAAGUAUUGGGCUCUUUACCUAAUGUGUUCAGUGCUCUGUGUUUAAAUCAACGCGGUCUUGAAUCCUUUGUGAAACGGCGACCAUUCGAACGCUUAUUUAAAGUACUACUCUCGCCUGUUUAUCUUUCGGCAAUGCGACGGCGACGAAGCGCCGAUCCAUUAGGUGAUACAGCUUCAAAUUUAGGCAAUGCCAUGGAUGAGCUGAUGAGGCACCAACCAAGCUUAAAAGUUGAUGCUAUUGGGGCAAUCAUUAAGCUACUCGAAGAAUUGUGUGUAUUGGGCUGUGAUCCACGGUACAUAUGCUGGCGUGCCGCUAGUAAAUCUGAAAAUUCACCAUCAAACACGGCCUCUGGAAAUCGUCAAACAUCUGGUCAAUCAGUCGGCGUCGGAGUAGGAGACUCUGGUGGCGGUGGUGGAGGAGGCGGCGGCAGCAGUAGUGACGAAGAAGAAGAAGACGAAGAGGAAGCUAGUACAAGUUCGCAUCCUCAACGAGAAGAGCAACCUAGCCUGUCACCUCAACAGCCUGGACCGCCACCUCAACCAAGAGAGAAGACUCCCAUUGCUUUAGUGGAAUAUAUUCACAAUGUUAUGAAAUUUGUGGAUGCUAUACUCAGCAACAAUUCAACCGAUGAUCACUGCAGAGAAUUUGUUGCUCAAAAGGGACUCGUUCCACUAUUAUCGAUUUUGGGUCUACCUAAUUUACCUGUUGAUUAUCCUGUCGCACAAGCGGCUCAAUCUGUAGCCUCUGUAUGCAAAAGUAUCUUGAAUCUCGCACAUGAACCAUUGGUACUAAAAACAGGUUUGUCACAAUUAAAUGAAGUGCUAAAUUUGUUGAAACCACUUCACAAUAAUUUAGAAUCCCCUGGCGCCUCUGUUUUGUUACACGAACUUGCGUCAGCUCCAAAUCUGGAAACCGCAUUUACAAGCGACACUGCUACGCCUUUGUUACACGCUAUGAAUGCAGCCCAUGGAUACGUAGUGAUGUUUGUUCAUGUUUGCCGUACUAGCCAAAGUGAUAUCCGAAAUCUUUCUAUGAAUCACUGGGGUUCCGAAUUGGGUUUGACUGUUCUCAAAGGUUUGUCGGAGCUUUAUAUGUCUCUCGUUUGGGAGAGUACAUUACUACUCGCGUUAUGUAGCGAGGAUAUUAUUCCGGCCGGAUGCGAAUUUGGCAAAGAAGACAUGGAUAAAUUGAUGCCACCCGAGUUAAAAACCGAGGGCGAACCUUCGACCUCUUGGUCCGCUAGUGUAUCCUCGGAUAUGGGAAGUAAUGGAAUGACUACGGCCAUGGAAGCUCUUAGCACAGAUCCGCCACCGGUGCCGAUGGAGGUAGACGACAAACCAAAUGUAAACACCGAUAGGCCCAACAACUAUCAGUUAAAAUAUAUCAAACCUUUACUUGGUGCUUCUUCAAGACUCGGCAGAGCGCUUUCAGAGUUAUUUGGUCUACUUGUCAAACUUUGCAUGGGUUCUCCCAUAAGACAACGUAGAGGACAGCAAAUGCCUCUAACACCCACGUUGCCCUCUCAGGCAGCGCGAAGUGUUGCCACUGCAUUGAACUGCUUAUUGACGCGCGGGUUAUCGUGGGAUAAAUUACCCCCAUCACCGAUUCCCAAAUUUAAACUCACUUUUCUCAUAUGUUCAGUGGGAUUUACAUCACCGAUGCUCUUUGACGAGAAGAGGCAUCCUUAUCACCUGAUGCUUCAGAAAUUUGUCAAAUUGAACGGUCAAAAUGCAUUUUUCUCUACCUUUCAUUGGGCUUUAUCAGGUGGAGGCCAUUUUGCGUUAUCUGAAGGACUGGAACAUCCAAAUCUACCCGAUGGAACUGGCGAGUUCUUGGAUGCCUGGCUGAUGCUGUUGGAGAAAAUGGUUAAUCCUAAGGCUAUCUUAGACUCACCCCACGUGGUCUCAUCAAAGUGUACUGGAAUAUAUAAAGUAUGCGAGACGUUCGAUCCAAUAAGAUACCUCAUCGAUAUCCAUAAAAAAGCUUUCGAGGCGGUAAUGCUGAUGUGGGGUAAAAAACCACUCAAAAACUACGGAGCUCGCAUGACAGAGUCUAUUUUAUCGAUUUUACGACAUAUUCUACGUGGCGAGAAAAUCAUCAAGGAACGCACGGAAAAGGAAGAAAGCGGAGACAAUGCGAUAGCUAGUGGUAGCGGUGCGAGCGGCGUUGGCAGAAGUGGUGGAUCUGAUCGUCGUGAUGAACCAGAGGCGGACGUCAAUCCGGAAUAUUUGAGACAACUGAUGGAUAUGGGCUUCAGUCGAGCACAUUGUAUAGAAGCGUUAUUGCAUACGAUGACGGUAGAACAGGCAACCGAUUACCUCCUAACAAAUCCUGCAACGCUACGUAGACCCGAUGUUCCAGUAAGCGAUGCCAGUGGUCAAGGUUUGAUCAUGGAUUUGGAAUUGGCAGAUGACGAUCAGAUAAUGCAUGCUAUUGCAAUGUCGCUCGGCGAUACAGAUACGCGUAAAAUUUCGGGCAUUGAAGAAAUUCCUUCUCGCGAAACGACCAUCACCGAAAAUAUAGACGAAUUUACGCGUAGUGCACUUGGGCAAUGUCUUAAUCUAUUAGACCUCAUGCCGGACACGGUGUAUAGAAUUUGCGAUCUGUUAGUGACCAUCACUAAGAGAAACGGCGACGAGUGGCGGGACGAUACGUUACGGCAGUUGAUACGCGAGGUCGGACGUCUAGUAGAUUAUCUGAUUGACAUCGCCGAAAGUCAGGAUGAAAAUGCCGGAGCCCGAUUGGUGGAGUGCGAAGAGGCGAAUAAACUUUCUGGCCGUCUUUACCUCUAUACUCUAUUCUUUGAAGGUUCGUUUCAGGAGAUGCGAGUGCCAUGUGCUCUUAUAGUGGAAGAAUGCGCGAUACUUGACAAACUUGUACGGUUGUUGGUGGUGAGCGAGGCUCCGCUCACCGCGAACAAGAAUAAAAUCGCUAAAGACUGCAAGGAUACCAGCGCUGUGUUGAGCAUGAAGACACCAAAGUGGUUAGCGCCUUUAUUACUGCUUAUCGACCGGCUGGAAAAGGUGGCUACUCUCACACAACGAAAGCAGAUGAUGCACAAGAUCACGACCAAAUCGUGGAAGUGGUUUGACUUAAGUACUGGCAAAUGGACCCCCUAUUCGCCUAUGAAUAAUCGAAUCAUCAAUGACGCAUAUUGGGCAGGCGAGUCCAGUGUGCGAAUAUCGUGCAGUCGACGCCGAUAUCUCAUCACCUUUUCCUGCAUGACGCAAGUGAACGAAGAUAGUGAUAAUAGGCGGCCCAUCACGAUGGGCUUUAAGCUCGGCACGGAUAAGGAGGAUGGUGGUUCGGGUUCCGAUUCAAAUAUGGAUACCGACGAGAGUCCGGUAGGAGAGGAGAGACGAAAUACAGUGGUCCAAGGAUUGGAUCCUAGUAUAGCACCGAGUAUUGUACGCGCGUGUGUAAAAUUUUUGGCAAUCCCAGUCGAUCGAGACGCGUUACACGCUGUGUUGAAAGUGUGCCUACGGCUGACGAGGGAUUAUCGAAAUGCGGAGGUGUUCGCGCGGGAAGGUGGUGUUAAGUUGCUCCUCGAAAUGACGCAGAUGUGUAGUUUUACCGGCUGCAUCAAUUUAUGUACAUUACUGAUACGACAUACUCUUGAAGAGCCGCGCACGCUUCGCCUUGCGAUGGAGAAGGUCAUUCGUGCACGCACGCAGAGUAAUAUACCUCCUGCAUAUAAAGAGAUACUUUUUAUGACGCGGCAGAUCAGCAGCGCUGUUUGCCGUAAUCCAGAAGUAUACAAAGAAGUGUGCGAAAAUAUUCUUAGAGUUGACAUAAGUUGCUUAAAAAAAGAUGAUGUUGAUAAUAGGCUAGUCGUGAAAGCCUUGCCUCCUAGUCACUCUCCAGCAUUACCGAUGGUAGAAGAGGUAUCUGUAGGUGUUAUUCGUGAUAUGUUGAACGCGUUGAUUAAGCCAAUGCCAGUGUUAUCGGAUGACGGAUCAGCAACUCCAACAAGCCCUGAAAAAAAGACAUCACAUACGACAACCUCAUCGAUGGGUAACACAUCAUCGUCAGCAUCGUCAUCACGGCGAGAUGUACUGAGGAAUAAUGCAACAACCACUAAUGAUCCCUUGGACGACGACGAUCAAGUGUCGCAAAUUAUUCCUCUAAAGAUCUACACCGACCUCAGUAACAACAGUAAGGUAGAACCGGAGGAGGCAAAGAAGCCUAUUUUAACCAAAUCUGCGAUAUUAAAGAUAUUGGCAGAAGCUGUGAGAUCUUACGGCGCUGUAGCUAGUCUUAUCACCGAACAUACAUACAGAGCUGGACAAAGCGAGAUGGUAUCUGAAGAUACGACGGCUUUAGCGUUCUUGCUAGAUAAACUUUUGCCGAUGUCGCCGGAAAAUUCGGGCGAUCGAACGUGCAGCAGCAUGGCGAGAAUGUUGAUUGCUGCGAUAGCUUCGUGCAAUCAUUCGCCGGAUGUACAGACGACCUUGGUGACCGAAGUGAAGGCAGCUUUGACGAGAACGCUCGUGCUUCCGGAAAGUUCUGAGAAGCACGCGCAGCUUCAGUUACUAAUCGGACUAAUUUCUACCAUGAUUGAUAGUUGUCCACCAAAUAUGUCACAUACUCAGCUGAGGGCUUCUUUGAGAGCCCAUCAAUACAAUAACGUUAAUUACAUCGUCAGAAUAAUGCUGAGAAAGGGUAUAAUCACCGACUUGGCCAAAAUACCGCACAGUCUCGAUUUGUCGAGUCCGAAUAUGGCUGGUACGAUUAACGCCGCGUUGAAACCGUUAGAGACCUUAUCGCGCAUUAUCAAUCAACCAAUACCGGGUGCGGUCAAUAACAAAUUUACGAAGCCGAAAAAUAGGACAGUCCAGGAAGAACCGAUUGGAGAACAGACAGGCACUACGACCUCCGAAGCUACGCAUGCCGUGGGAGAGGAAGCAAAUGAGGACGCAGAGAACACUGAGCACGAUAUUUCUGUAACAGCUGAAAGCUUAGAACCGACGUCGGAGAGUCAGGUACAUGAGGAAGGAGAUGAGGCUGCACUGGAGGAUAUCAUGGAUCAGCUUCUCGAAAGUGUACUGUUUUCCAGGGACGGUUCGGCCGUGGCGGAAGAACCAUCUUCUCGCCCGCACAGGCCAAUGGACAUCGAUGAUGAAAGUCUCGCAAUGCGUGACGCAGAGGGCGAUUUCGAUCCAACUCGAGAUACCACAGUAAGAGAGGACUUAAUGAGCUCGGACUCUGACUCCGAUAGCAAUCCGUCUGAUGAUAAUGAGGACGAGGUGCAGGACGAUGAGGACGAAGAGGAGGAAGAGGAAGAUGAUGGUGAAGAAAACGAAGAAGAAGAGGAAGAGGAGGAGGAAGGAUCGUCCAAUUAUGAAGAAGAUGGAAUAGAAUUUUAUGAAGACGUUGGAGAAGGCGGUGUUUUUCGUAUGUUUCCCUCUUCUGAGCGCGAUGGUGGUAAUGUCGUAAUGAUACAACACAACAUUGAAAAUCAGGACAUUGCGAAUACGUCGACGCCAGUUAAUACGCGACCUAGUCUUCCAUGGAAUACCACAUUCCCGUUACCAUUAGGUCUGUUUGAAGAGCCGCCUGCAGGUUCUGAGAACAAUGGUAUCAGUACUCAUCCAUUACUGAUAUCGCAAGGAAGUUUGGACACUGCAAGUACUAGAACGCGUGUUUUACGACGUGCUAGACAGUAUCAGUACCUUCAGUUAUCCAAUCCACGUAGUUCAAACCCACCUGUAAUAUUACAAAGACUCUUAGGUCCGGCUGCACAGACUCUCCCUUUAUCCGCCAGUCAAGUUUUAGCGUCAAGUUUUAGAGAUACACGUGUUGUCGUAAUGGAUAAUGGAUUGGGAAUAUUUACUAAUCAAGAGGAAGAGCAAAUCGAUUAUGUUGAUCAAUCUGGAUAUCUUUUUGGUCCAAGUCUUGCAGCAACUUUGAAUAAUAUACCAACCGCGUUGCAUUGGUGGAUCGAAGAGAGCAAGCAAUUAGACGGAGAUUCUCAACCGGAUUGUUGCGUUGGUGUUGUUCAUAAACUGAUACCUGGACUAGAAAAGCACAGGAACGCCGAGCUUGCCGAACGCAAAGAGAAACGUAAAAAACAACAUGGAUCAGAAAAAGAGAAUGAAAAGGAUAAUAAAGAAGAAAAAGAAAAUUCAAAUACUGCCGAUGCUACAUUACCCAAUUUAACAUUGGAUGAACAGCGACCAUCAGCAUCAACCUCACUACGAACCGACAUCACCUCGCUUGUUGCUGGAGAAGAAACUGCGGUAGAAACAACAAGACAGGAGCGCACUCCGGAAGAGGACAUAAUCGAUGUAACAGGUGAAAUGGAAGUAACGGUUCAAGAUGACGAGGAACGACUACCUCCACCACCGCCAGAAGAACAGUCGGUCUCCGAUAGUCGUGAUCCUCGCACGGCAAAUCGGAAUCCCACGUUAGAGUUGGCUGAAAGUAUCGUCGAUUCUGUGCUUGGACCGUGCACAUCUGAAGCGACCAUUAGAUUAAACCUACAUGUGUCUAAUGACGCGCCUACGCAUCUUGCUUCAACAGGACAGCCUGGGCGAAGUAACAUAGAAACAGCGAAUGUUCCCGAAUCAUCGUCUAAUCGCACUUCGGCUGCACCAUUAGUAGUAGAUUUUGGUCAAGAAACUAGCGAGGAUCUGUCAAGGGAGAGUAGUGAUUCGGCCGAUUGGAUUCGCAGACUCUUGACGGACGACAGUCAGUGUCGAACGAGCGAUAUUGAUUUACGGCGUGAACGAAACGCCAACGUUGUCAAUCAAGAUUCAACGUCGUCAAUUACGGCCGAGACCACUACUGCGGCAGGGACCUCAGAACAAUCGUCACAGCAACCGUUGCAACAGCAGCCACAACAGCAAUGCAGUAAUCAGGAGCAACAACUACCGGACGGUGUGGAUCCGUCGUUCUUAGCUGCUCUGCCUGAAGACAUGCGCGACGAAGUCAUUGCCGAGCAGCUCAGGCUGCAACGUAUGAGGCAACGCGCGCAGGCUUCUGUAGUUGAGGAGCUUAGCGGACCGGUUGAAGUAAAUCCUGAAUUCCUAGCUGCUUUACCACCGGCGAUUCAAGAAGAGGUCUUGGCACAACAACGCAUGGAACAGCAACGACAUGCGGCCGCAUCGGCGAAUCCGGAGGAUCCCGUGGAUGCUGCCGCUUUCUUCCAAAAUCUGCAACCUUCCCUUCGACAAGCUAUCCUAACUGAUAUGGAAGAGUCUCAAAUAUCCGUCCUCCCACCAGAUUUAGCUCAAGAAGCUCAAAACUUGAGGAGAGAGUGGGAAGCUCGUAAUCGACACAUGAUGCAAGAAAGAUUCCUCAAUCAUGUUAGUCAAAGCAAUACUGCUCUCUCGAGCAUAUUAAGAAAUUCUGGUAGAGCUCGUGGAGGUGGUACUCGAUAUGCGAUUCACGCCGUUCCACAACGAUCUCAAUGGAAUACCUGGAACGCUCGCGGCGAUACAAAUAUGGCUCACCAAGGCGCUGGCUUACGAUUAAGAGGCCGGCAAUUACUCGAUCAUGAAUCGAUGGCUUGCCUGCUUGUGUUAUUAUUUGUUGAUGAGCCAAAAAUUAACACGCUUAGGCUUCAUAGAGUGAUCAGAAAUCUUUGCUAUCACGGUAGCACAAGGGAGUGGAUAGUGAAAGCAUUACUAAGCAUCAUGGAAAGAAGUAACGAUGAGAAUAAGGAUAUAAUGGCAGAUUUCAGUGGAAAAUUUAAGAGGAAAGGAUUAUUAAAUACUCCCAUGGAUUUAUGUUCUCCAAAGAUUUUUGACCAAAGAAAUAACACACAAUCAUGGCUAAAUAUCAGUAUCGACGCUGCACUCGGUUGUAGAGCAAAUGUAUUUCAUAUAGUACGUCAUGCUGGUAAGAAAUCUGAAAGGCAGGGUAAUAUUAUCGCAAUUCACCCGCAAGCUGCACCUACUGUAUGCAGGCAUACUUUAGAACUGUUGAUUUCACUCGCUAAGAGUUUCCCUGGAUAUUUUGUGCCAAUAAAAUCUAAGGAUUUAGACGAUAAAGAUAGUGGUAAGGAAAAAGACGUGAGUGGCAGUAAAGAGGAAGGCGGAGCGAAAAACAAGUCUGCAUCUAAAAUAGGAAGAAGCGAUCUUCCAGAUUUCUGGGAUUUGCUUCUAAAAUUGGAUUCGUGUGCAUCCAAAAAAGGAAAAUCAGUUGCGAGAACUCAUUCGAAUACGAAUUUGGGGAGUGAGCCAGAACAUGGUACAACUUCAUUUGAAGCUUCCGCAUUCGGCCAGCUUAUCUCGAUGCUCAAUUGGUCUGUGAUUAAGCGAAGCAGUCAAUUGACAGAUAAGUUGUUGCGACUUCUGUCCUUGAUCUCUAUCGGCUUGACAGAAGUAAAUCCCUAUCGACGGCAGGAAGGCGGUGCAAAGAACAAGAAAACUGAAAUUAAUAAGGAUCAGAGCGUCGCUGCGCCAGAAGGACACCUCAAGCUGGCCGUACAGGUUUUGACUAGUAAAAGUUGUUCCGAGGAUGGACUUGAAGAUGCAACUGCACUAUUACUUAACCUAUCUCAUUGUCCUGAUCCUACUAGACAAUUAAUAUUAAAAUUACUUUUGGAAGGUGCGAUGGAAUUGGCAAAUAUGGUGUGUGAACAUAUCAACGAUUUGAUGAUGGAAUUAAAAGUUCUAAAUCGUGAAUUAAGUCGAAGAAAUUCUUUGGAGGAUCAACCAUCGACUAGUAGCGGGAAUGGACGAGGAAUUCUAUUAGAUAGAUUUACUAAUGAAAAUGUAGUAGUCACAGCACCGAGUAAAGUUAAAGCUGGAAGUGACCUUCAAUUACCAUCGAUGGCUGCUCUCGUCAGUAAAACCUCUAGUCAGGCAUUUUUUUUGAGAAUACUUAAAGUUAUUGUGCAAAUAAGGGAAGCUGUGCGCUUAGCAAACACCAAGAAAACAACUAAUCAAACAACAGAGACAGUGAUGGAUACAGGCACAACAAGCAAUGCAUCAGAGACAGCUGCCGACAAUGCAGACAUCGAUGUUCCUAUGGAUACAACACAAGCAAAUACUUUAAGUCUUGAGAAUUCAAAGACAUCCUCUUCUCGUCAUGACGAAGAGAAAACUGCACUUCCAUUGCUGAGUGAGAGUUUAGUAUUAGAUAACUUAUGGGAAACUCUUAGCGCUUGCUUACUUGAAUUAGAAUACACUCCUGAUCACCAUGCCGUCCUUGUUUUACAGCCUGCAGUAGAAGCGUUCUUCUUGGUGCACUCAUCUUCAAGUACGUCUCGAGAUCGUGACAGUCGUCUUAACACAACUAGUGAGAAUCGAGAAGUGGUACCAGACUUGGCACCAGUCUCUCCAAUAUAUUCAGACAAUGAAGGUACUUCUCAGUCGGAAGCUCCCACUAAUGCUUCUUGGGAUAUCACACCAGCCCCGCAGAAAACAUUACCACCGGAUCAACUAAAGUUCCUCAAAUUUGCUGAAACACACAGAACUGUACUCAAUCAAAUUCUACGACAAACGACUACACACUUAGCAGAUGGACCAUUUUCCGUAUUGGUGGAUCACACAAGAGUGUUAGACUUCGACGUGAAGAGACGUUACUUCAGAACAGAAUUAGAACGGAUGGACGAGGGUAUACGUAGGGAAGAAUUGGCAGUUCAUGUUCGUAGGAGUCACGUUUUCGAAGAUUCAUUCAGGGAGCUUCAUCGAAGAAAUGCUGACGAAUGGAAAAAUCGCUUUUAUAUCGUCUUCGAAGGUGAGGAAGGACAAGAUGCGGGAGGAUUGCUGAGGGAGUGGUAUGUCAUAAUUUCGAGGGAAAUCUUCAAUCCAAUGUACGCUCUGUUCACCGUUAGCCCUGGCGAUCGAGUAACAUACAUGAUAAAUUCAUCUUCACACUGUAAUCCCAAUCAUUUGUGUUAUUAUAAAUUUGUCGGUCGAGUAAUUGCUAAGGCUAUUUAUGACAACAAAUUAUUAGAAUGCUAUUUUACACGUAGUUUCUAUAAACAUAUACUUGGCAUACUCGUGAAACAUACGGAUAUGGAAAGUGAGGAUUAUAGUUUUUAUAAAGGACUCGUUUAUCUUACGGAACAUAAUAUUUCCGACUUGGGAUACGAAUUAACGUUCUCCACGGAAGUGAACGAAUUUGGUGUCAACGACGUGCGAGAUUUAAUACCAAAUGGACGUAAUAUAAUUGUUACAGAAGAGACCAAACUUGAAUAUAUUAGGCUCGUAUGUCAAAUGAAGAUGACUGGAGCAAUUCGUAAACAAUUAAAUGCGUUCUUGGAAGGCUUUUAUGAUAUUAUACCUAAACGACUGAUCUCUAUAUUUAAUGAACAAGAACUAGAAUUAUUGAUCAGUGGCUUGCCUAAUGUAGAUAUUGAAGAUCUUAAAGCAAAUACCGAGUACCAUAAAUAUACUGCUACGUCUUUACAGAUUCAGUGGUUCUGGCGUGCAUUACGAGGUUUUGAUCAGGCAGAUCGUGCCAAGUUCUUACAAUUCGUUACUGGUACAUCCAAAGUGCCGCUACAAGGUUUCGCCGCGUUAGAAGGCAUGAACGGUGUACAAAAGUUCCAAAUUCACAGAGAAGAUAGAUCAACAGACAGGCUUCCAUCUGCCCAUACUUGUUUCAAUCAACUGGAUCUACCAGUGUACGAGACAUAUGAUAAAUUACGUACAAAUCUACUCAAGGCAAUUCACGAAUGCAGCGAAGGAUUUGGAUUUGCAUAAGCUUACUGAAACACUGUUGUCAUAUACUGUAGCAGUUUAUCAUGUGUUAUUCUGCCUGUUCAGAGUAAAGUACAUUACGAGAACUCGUUCCUUACAUAAUCACGCGUUUAUGCGUUCACGCGUCCAGUCGGUGACGUUCUGGUGACACGCUUGGUCUUCGUUCAAGAUCUAAUGAAAAAUUCGAUAUAUACAUAUAGACGUACGGAUAUGUAUAUACGUAUAAUUCUGAUGUAAUUACGUGAGAAUAACUGUCAAUGAUACCCGAAGCUAGGGUUUAUUUUGUUGAAGAGGAUCUUGGAAGAAGAUGCUGAGCUUAACGAUAAUUCCCAACAAGGAAAGAUAAGGAGAGAUUAGUUCAGUUUUACGCGAUAAGGAUAAGCUAAAGAUAAGAUUCACACAUAACUGUAAUAGUUAGAUACAUAGUUUGUCAUAAGAAAUAAUAUAGGAUGAAAAAAUGUAAUAUACUGCACUUUGAAGUCAGCGAUGUUUUAACCGGUUCGAUAGAUUGAAUAGAGAUACAGCGAUGGUAACGAUAGUCUGGUUCUUUACCAGAAAAAAAGCAGCAAAAGUAUGUCGAUGAAUGCUUGUGAGAAUGAAAGAGAAAUGUGUGAGAGAGAGAGAGAGAAAAAAUUUAAUCGAGAGAUACUGAGCCUAAUUAAAAGAUUUCAAUAUGAAUGCUGUCCUUCCCUAAAAACUGUAUGGUUGUACGCACUAUUAGUAUUAAUAAUUAUAACUAAUUCUUAAUUAUAGUAAUCAUUAAAUAUCGUUUUAAUAUUAAUCAUUCUCGAAAUGUGAUGUUAAACAAGUGUAAUUUCUUUUUCUUGAGAUCUAACGAAAUAAAAUUUACAGUUGAACAGACGUUACUUCAUAAUAACACACAUCGAACGGGAUAUUAGCGAAACACACCGCACACAGGCACCGUUAUAGUUACGGAACUCCUUGCGAAAUUGUUAGGGAAUUAUUGAUUAGAAAUCGCAGAAUAAAGUGAAUGUUGUAUUUCUUAUAAAAAAAA